AUGGAGCCGAAACUUCAUGAACUCGACACAAAGGGGGAUACGCUUCUCAUUCUCCGCAACGCAAACGCUCCAUUUGCUGGUUCUGCACCGUCUAAUACCGGUUCGCAACAGAAUCGCCCCGCGCUAGUAUGGGCCGCUCCCAAGCCAGAGGUGCGAAUGAGGCUCUCGGCAAGGCAUCUGACGCUGGCCUCUGCGUACUUCCAGAAGCUGACGGCCAACGAAUGGAAAGAGACGACAACCGAGGGCGACUACUCUUACGUCGUCAGUGCUGAAGACUGGGACGAGCAAGCGCUUCUUAUCUUGAUGAAGAUCAUUCACGGCAAGACGGCAGGCCUAUCCAUGUCAAUGGACCUUGAAACCGUUGCUAAACUCUGCGCCCUGGUCGAUUACUACCAAUGCCACGAGGCACUCAAGUUCUUUAUCCAGUUAUGGCUCCCUGGCAUCGACAAAGUCUCUUACACCGGGAGAAACCUAUUGCUAAGGCUCUCUGUCUCCUGUGUGUAUCCGGACGCCCCCACCUUCCAGAGGUUGACGGCCACUUUGAUCAAGGAGAGUAAAGGAAAUAUUGACUCACUGGGCUUGCCAAUACCGCUGACGGUAAUCAACGCAAUGAACAUGCAAAGACAAACCCUCAUCAGUAAAAUCAUUGUUGGCCUCGGCGGACUGGUCAAGGCCGAGUGCUCCGACAAUGGUCUCGGGUGCACCUUUGAGUGCUCCUCAGUCUUCAUAGGCGCCCUUACCAAGGGCAUGGACAAGAUGCGACUUUCUCCGGGGCAGCUCCAAUUACCGCCGUAUACCGACUACAGCCUGGCAUCGCUGCAGCAGGGAAUCCUCGGGAUAAAGGAGCCAUCUUGGGAUAGAUUCUGCGGCAGCAGGAACCACUACAGUUACAGGCAGCCCUGCAGUCUUACUAGCAAGACAAAGCCGAUGGUUGACAUGUAUAUCAAUCGGGUAGUGGGGCUGGUGCUCAAGGAUUACAUCAAACGCUCAGUUUGA